AUGGUGCAUAUGAAAGUCAAGUCUGGGUCCUCGCCGUACUGGCUUUUAACAGCGAUUUACGGCAGUCCCCAGAGAAUUAAUCGGAACUACCUGUGGGAUGAUAUUAGAUCAAUACACAAUGAGAUUAACUUGCCGUGGUGCCUUAUUGGAGACUUUAAUGCCAUGUUACAUGAUCAUGAGCGUCACGGUGGGUCCAAUAGCAACAGCAGAGGAGCAUGCCCUGAUUUUCAAGCCUGCGUAUCUGAUUGUGGCCUUCUUGAUUUGGGAUACUCGGGAUGGCCGUUUACUUGGAAGCGUGGAAACUUGGUUGAGAGACUCGACCGUGGCUUAAGCAAUCUUGAGUGGCAGAUCAUCUUCCCUACUGCUCACAUUAAACACUUGCCUAGCUUCAAAUCGGACCACUGCCCCUUAUGUCUCCACUUAACAAAUGAUCGACAAGAGAACAAACAAAGACGCCCUUUCAGGUUUCAAGCAGCUUGGCUAUCACAUCCGGAUUUCACCCAUAUGGUUAAUAGUAACUGGAAGAUACAAGAUUCUUGGAAUAACGGUCUGAAUGCUUUUAGGACAAGCCUUAAAAAAUGGAAUACUGAUGUGUUUGGAAAUAUUCUUAAAAGAAAGAGUAAGAUUUUGCGCAGGUUAUAA